AGGAAGUUGUCAGUGCGGAGGCUGUGUUUACAAAAGGGGAGAACUGAUUUGGGGAAACCUCACACUGUGUCUGAAACAUGCUGCAACUCUUCACACUCACUGUCAGCCUAUUACCAUGGAUCUCAGCCCUCCUCUGUGGGGUUACUACAGCAGAAGAGUUCGAAGUCCUGGAGGGUCGAUCGCUCACAGUCCCGUGCCAUUACGAGCCUCAGUAUGCCAGCUACGUGAAAUACUGGUGUAAGGGGAGCAUGAGGGAUUUCUGCACCAGCUUAGCUCGAACAGAUGACCCCCGUGCCAUCAACCCUGCUGUGGAUAAAGUGAGCAUUUUCGACGACCCGGUCCAGCUGGUGUUCACGGUGACCAUGAACGACCUGAAGGAGCAGGACUCUGGGUGGUACAUCUGCGGCGUGGAAAUAGGUGGUAUAUGGAGCCGAGAUGCUGCCACAUACCCUUACAUCAAGGUGGUUCAUGGUAUGUCAGUAGUGAACAACAUUCUGACAGGAGAGGAAGGGAGCAGUGUUUCAGUUGAAUGCCUCUACAGCGAGAGAUACAGAGAGAGUGAGAAGAAGUGGUGUCGGAGUGGAGACUGGAGCUCCUGUCUGGGGACGGGUUCUGAAGGGAGCUACGAAGAUACUUCAGUGGCCAUCAGCGAUGACAGAACUAGAGCUUUCACUGUUACCUUAAAGAAUCUGCAGAUGAGAGACAUUGGCUGGUACUGGUGUUCAUCAGGAUACCAGAAGAUAGCUGUGCAGGUGCUGGUAACACCACGACCCACGACAACGACAUCUGUAACACUCCCACAAACAGCGUGUCAGUCUGAUGACCUCCUGCCUCCACCCAGAUCCAUCUCCAAGGACUCCUGGAACGGUCAAGGUUUUGUCCUGAAGUCUUUGCUGGUUUGUUCCUGUCUGAUGGUGCUUGUGGUGGGUUUGCCCCUAUUGGCAAGAAAGAUGUGGAAACUUCACAAGCAGGAUCCUGUGCUGAGACAAGCUAAAGGGAUGAAAGCGAGGCAUAAUGAGUAUUCAAGGGAUGUAGGUGACCUGCUUGAUACUUCUGUCAUUUACCAUAACAAGGAUUCCCAGGAGGUUUUUAUGCACUGAGCUUGUCUGUACUCAUGGAGUCUGUGAAGUGUAUAUUCUUUCUCUGGUAACUGAAUGUAAUUUGUUAUUUCACUGCAGGAACACAUGCUUUAUUUGUAUAUUACCUAAAGCAGCAUAUUGAAAGACAAUUCUGACGUUUUCUACAAACUACUUUCUUUACACAAUUGGUAUAGUGUGGACAUCUUAGCAUAUAUACAUAUUUUUUUUUCAGACCUACACUAAAAUGUAGAUAAUAUCCUGAAACGCUGGAAAAGGCCGGAUGAGCUCAUUUGCAAACAGAGCAGAAGAAGUUUCUAAAAUGAAAAAAACAAAAAACAAAAAGGAAACAAAUAUCUCAGGAUUAAAAAGCGGUAUCAUACAUAAUGAAGACAUCAACGAAGAAGUUAAAGGUGUAUGAUUUAGGUGAAAGGGAUCUAUUGGUAGACAUUGGAUAUACGAUAAUGCCAUUGACGUUUUUUCUUGUGUGUUUCAAUUCUGCAAAUGUUUUCCUUACCCUAAAAUGAGCUUUAUAUAUUUAAAUACUUUAUAGUUAUAUCGGCUGGAGGUCCUCUCGACGUAGGCAGAUUUUUUUUACAGUAGCCCAGUGUAGACAAACUAAACACCUUUUGAGUUUUUAUGUUAUUUGAAGGCUACCACAGGUUCUCUUUCAUGUUUGGAAGGGGAGGGUGAGGUGGAAGAUAUUCAGCUGCAACAUGCAACUUCACCACUAGAUGUCACUUAAUUCUACACACUGAACCUUUAAGAUUUUGGUGACAGCGGUGUUGAUGUGCUGUAAACAAAAACAUGUGAUCUCUGCAGCAGAAUUAGUAUGCCCUGCCUCUACCUGCUGCAACCCCCCCCCCCCCCUCACCUGAAUGCCUGUACUGAUUUGCUGUUCAUGUGUGAAUGAUAAACUCCAGAGAAGGUCUGGACUCAAUUCUGCGGACAUUCUCAGGAGUUAAUGUCUGAAGAUGGCUUAUCUCUAAUUUAACAUCUAUUUUCUAUUGUAUGGCUGUGUGGUCUCCACUUUAACUUUGGCCAUAACUACCACUAAAGUCACUGAUAUUAUUUUUGUUGUUGAGUUUGAGUAGUUUCGCAGCCAAGGGGGAUUUCUCCACUAUUAAAUACUAACACUUCAAUUUAAAGCUCUGUAAUUUCCUAUUAUAUUCAAUGGAAAGAACUUGGUGCAAGUGGGAAUUGUUCAUGUUGUUACUUAAUUUGAAGAAGAAAUUCUUCUGGACAGAUGUUUAAUGAAAGAGGGUUGAAUGUUGAAUUGGUGUAAAGUGAAUAAAAUAAUUAACGAGU